CCCUGUCCUCCAUCACAGCCACCCCACCAUCCUGGCUGACUAGGAAGAGAUUUCCCUUCAAGAUGAGCAAAUGGAGGGGGCUUGCUUGUCUCCGGUCCCUGGUGGUUUCCUCACCCAGUAUUCGUCAGAAGAAAUUAACCCACAAGCUACAAGAGGAAAAAGCUUUUCGGGAAGAGAUGAAAGUUUUCCGUGAGAAAAUAGAAGACUUCAGGGAAGAGAUGUGGAAUUUCCGAGGCAAGAUUCAUGCUUUCCGGGGCCAGAUCUUAGGUUUUUGGGAAGAAGAGAGACCUUUCUGGGAAGAGGAAAAAACCUUCUGGGAAGAGGAAAAAACCUUCUGGGAAGAGGAAAAAACCUUCUGGGAAAUGGAAAAGUCCUUCCGGGAAGAAGAGAAAACUUUUUGGAAAAAAUACCGUAUCUUCUGGAAGGAGGAUAAGGCCUUUUGGGAAGAGGACAAUGCCUUAUGGGAAAAAGACCGGAAACUUCUUCAGGAGGACAAAGCCUUGUGGGAGGAGGAAAAGGCCUUGUGGGUAGAGGAAAGAGCUCUCCUGGGAGAGGAGAAGGCCUUGUGGGAGGAUAAGAAGUUCCUCUGGGAGGAAGAAAAUGCCCUCUGGGAAGAAGAGAACGCAUUCUGGGUGGAAGGCGGUCUCCAUAUUGCCGGGCAGCAGAUGCUGGAAGACAGGCCCUACAACAUCAGCAGAGGGGCCCGAUCGCCAGCCUUGCUCAGAGGCAGGGCGUAG